AUGCUGGAUAGGCUGUUCCACAAUAACAAGUCGGAAAGCAAAAAACACGGACCUGCUGAAGAAAUCGCAACCAGUCCGGCGGAUCUGACACUACCAGCACCAGCAGCUGCUGCUGCUGCUUCCCCCCGUUCUGCUGCUACUGCUACAGCUUCUACUGUGGACACCAACGGGGAUCGUAUAGAGCCUGCUCCGCCAGAUGCAGCGCAACAAGAUGCUACCGUGACAACACAGCCUCCGCGACGGCGCAGGUCUUCUGUCCUCAACACCCUGCUGCGUCGACGCUCUGCCGCGACUGAUCAGGGCCAUAACGUGAAGGAUGGUGCGGAAGGGGACGCCAACAAGGUCAAUCACAGUCCCAGUCCCAAUCCCAAUCUCGGUCCGCCCGAACAAGAUGUCGUCGUCACGGCGGGAGAGGAGCCCAAGCAUAGGUUCUGGCAUGGCAUUACGGGCACGGGCGAGGGAAAGGAGAAGGCCACUACUACCCAGUGA